ACCUGUGUGCCAGGGUGAUGGAAGUCCGGCGCUUGCUGCUUCAUUUACUGAGCGGGCUGGUCGGCAGCGUCUGCGCCCAUCAGUCUCCCCGCAACUCGCUGAAGGGUGAUAAGCGUCCGGAUGCUGAAGAACUCGGCUCUGGUGAAGCAAUUUCGCCUGUCACUGCGGAUUUGUGAUGCAGCGUCCGGGAUGUGCUGUGUGAGCCGCUGAAGGACGCCUGCAGUUCGAGCCUCUUUGCUCCGCAUGUCGAUUGGAGCAGCCGGACAGCUAAAUAUUGUACAGGAACGUGGGGAGGAUCUUGCUGCUUUCAGGCUGUCAUCAAUGGACCCAGACCUUAUAAUCCAAAACCAGCUGGAUCCCGACUGGCCCUCCAGGCCAGUCUCACUGUUGCCUGACUCGGUCAGACCCUUGCCCCCCAGGGCCACCAGAAACCUGGGUUGGCCAACAGCCACACAUGCUGACCAUGAGUCCACUGCCACUAGCUGUACAACUCCACCCACUGAUCAUGUGACCUCACCUCCUGAGAUCAUAUGGCCUGAUCUGACAGUGCACACUUUGAGAGCACCAUUCUCUGUUCCAGUUAGGGCCACCUCUGCCCCUACACCAAACCUUUUUUAUGCCCCAGUUCCUAUACCAGUUAGGGAUACCCCUGCUCCAGUCCCUAUUCCAGUUAGGGCCACCUCUACCAUUGCCCCAGUCCCUAUUCCAGUUAGGGAUAGCCCUGCCCCAGUCCCUAUCCCAGUUAGGGACACCCCUGCCCCAGUUCCUAUUCCAGUUAGAAGUACCCCAGCUCCUGCCCCAGUCCAAAUUCCAGUUAUGGCCACCUCUAUGACUGCCCCAGCCCCUAUUCCAGUUAGGGCCACCUCUACCAUUGCCCCAGUCCCUAUUCCAGUUAGGGAUACCCCUGCCCCAGUCCCUAUCCCAGUUAGGGACACCCCUGCCCCAGUCCCAAUUCCAGUUAUGGCCACCUCUAUGACUGCCCCAGUCCCUAUUCCAGUAAGGGACACCCCUGCCCCAGUCCCUAUUUCAGUUUGGGACACCCCUGUCCCAGUCCCUAUUCCAGUUUGGGACACCCCUGCUCCCACCUCCAUCCCCAUCACAAUUAUGGACACUCCUGUCCCUGCCCUGGUCUGUAUUCCAGUUAGUGCCACCUCUACCUUUGUCCCAGUGUCUGUUCCAGUUAGGGAUACCCUAGCCCCAGUCACUUUUCCAGUUUGUAACACCCCUGCUCCCACCCCUGUUCCUAUUACAAUUAUGGACACCCCUGUCCCUGCCCCGAUCCUAAUUCCAGUAAGGGACACCCCUGCUCCUACCCCAGUCCCUAUUUCAGUUAUAGACACCCCUGCCCCAGUCCAUAUUCCAGUUAGGGACAUCCCUGCCCCAGUUCCUAUUCAAUUUAGGGACACCCCUGCUCCUACCCCAGUCCCUAUUUCAGUUAUAGACACCCCUGCCCCAGUCCCUAUCACAGUAAGGGACAUCCCUGCCCCACUCCAUAUUCCAGUUAGGGACACCCCUGCCCCACUCCAUAUUCCAGUUAGGGACACCCCUGCCCCACUCCAUAUUCCAGUUAGGGACACCCCUGCCCCAGUUCCUAUUCCAGUUAGGGACACCACUGUCCCUGCCCCAGUCCCUUUUUCAGUCAGGGCCACCCCUGCCCCUAUCCCUGUCCCUUUGCUGGCCGCACCUGCUUCUGUUCCAGUGCCUAUUCCAGUUAGGACAACUCCUGCCCCAGUCUCUAUUUCACUUAACGCCACCCCUGCUACUGUCCAUGCCCCAGUCUCUGUUCCCAUUAGGUAUGCCACUGCCACAGUCCCUCUUCCAAUUAAAGCUCCCCCUGCUCAAGUUUCUGUACCAGUUAGAGAUCCCUCUUCCACAGACCAGGUUCCAGUUAAAGCUCUGCCACUCCCAGACCCUGCUCCAGCCGGGGAUCCCCCCGCUCUAUUCACCGUUCCAUUUAUAGCCCCCCCAGCUCCUGUUCUAGUUAAGGAUCCCCCUGCCCCACUCCCUGUUCCAGGUAGGGUUACUCCUGCCUCAGUCCCUGUUUCAGUUAAAGCUUUCCCAUCCUCUGUCUCUUUUCCAGCUAAGGAUUCCUCCAACUCAGGCCCUUAUCCAGUUAGGGAUCUCCCUGCUUUACUCCCGGUUUCAGUUGAAGCUCUCUCAGUCAGAGUAAGCAAUCCCCCUUCCACAGUCCCUGUUCCAGUUAAAACUCCUCUAGUCCCAGUUUCAGUCAAGGAUCCUUCUGCCAUACUCCCAGUUACAGUUAAAGGUCCCCCUUCCUUAGUCAAUGUUCCAGUUAAAGGUCUCCCGCCCCCAGUCUCUGUUCUACCUAAAUCUCCCACCACCCCAUCCCUAGAUGCAGUUAGGCAUCCCCCUGCCCCAGUCCCUCUUCCACGUAGGGUUAACCCUGUCCAUGUUCCUCUACCAGUUAAGACUCCCCCUGCUCCCAGCUCUACUUCAAUUAAGGCCACCCCUGCCCCAGUCCCCAUUCCAGUUAGGGUUACACUUGCCCCCACCCCUGUCCCUAGUAGAGCCAUUGAUGCCCCUGUAUUUGCCUCAUCUUCCACCUCAUUGUCGGUGUUGGCCAGCCCCCAGUCAUGGGAAACCCAGUCUACAGGAGGGGCCACAGAGGCCCCACCUCAGAACAGCAAUACCGAGGACUUCAGGGUCUGCAUAGUCUCGUGGAAUGUGGGGUCAGCCGUUCCACCAGAUGAUGUUACCUCCUUGUUGGGACUGAAUACAACUGAUGUAAAGGCUGACAUGUAUAUCAUUGGCCUGCAGGAAAUGAACUCCAUGAUCAGCAAGCGGCUUAAAGAUGCUCUUUUCACUGAUCCGUGGACUGAGCUGUUCAUGGAGACCCUCAGUGGCAGUGGACACGUGCUGGUGACGUCCGAGCGGAUGCAGGGGGUCCUGCUUCUGGUGUUUGCUCAGUGCUGCCACCUGCCUUUCCUCAGGGGUGUACAGACUCAGACCACACGCACUGGCCUGGGGGGAUAUUGGGGGAACAAAGGAGGCGUAAGCGCACGGAUGGCACUGUUCGGGCAUUCCGUCUGCUUCCUGAACUGCCACCUGCCGGCACACAUGCGCAACCUCGAGCAGCGUGUUGAUGACUUCGAAAGCAUCCUGCAGCAACAGCAGUUCCAGGGCGGGGGGGGGAUGGGAGUCCUGGACCACGAUCUGGUGUUCUGGUUUGGGGACCUUAACUUUCGCAUUGAGGAUUACGACACACAUGUUGUGAAAAGUGCAAUAGAGAGCAGCAAGCUUCAAAUGCUCUGGGAGAAGGACCAGCUGAACAAGGCGAAGGCAUGUGAGGCAGUCCUGCAGGGCUUCCAGGAGGGACCCCUGAACUUUCCUCCCACUUACAAAUUUGAUGUGGGCACACACACCUACGACACCAGCACAAAGAAGCGCAAGCCGGCCUGGACGGACCGCGUGCUGUGGCGUCUACGGGCUGCCGGCUCACCUGGCCCAGCCCAGCCCCCCACGGUGCGGCGUGGCCUAACGUCAUGGCUGAGCCCCGGGCUGAGGGUCACGCAGCGCUGCUACCGCAGCCACAUGAGCUACACCUGUAGCGACCACAAGCCCGUGAGCGCCGUCUUCUCCCUGCAGUUUCCCUUUAAGAUGGAUGUCCCCCUAGUAACUCUCUCAGUCGAUAAGGAGUGGACCAAGGUGUCGGAUGCCUCUGUUAGCUUCCAGGUGGCCUCAUCUUUGUCGCGGAGCACAUGGGACUGGAUCGCACUCUACAAGGUAGGUUUCAGGCAUCCCAAAGACUACGCCUCUUACAUCUGGACCAGGCAGGAAGACUCUGACCAUCAGUCCCAUGAGCACAAGGUGACAUUUUCUGAGGAGGAUUUACCUAAGGGCUCCGGGGAUUACAUGCUGGGUUACUACAGCCACAACCUGAACAGCAUUGUGGGACUGACGCAGCCCUUUCAGAUCCAGCUUCCAUCUCAGAGCCCGGCAGUCAGCCGGAAGGGCAGUUCGGCCAGCAGCACGGAGGAUGACAGCACACUGGAGCUGCUGCCACCGCAGUCGCGCAGCCCAAGCCCCGCGACCUCCAAGGCGCGGCAGUCCAGCCGCAGCCGCAGCCCCGCCCUCCCCACACUGCAGGGCCUCAGCCUGCGGCCCCGCCCUCACUCCCGUGACACCGGGCCUCGCAGCCCCUCCCCACGUGCCACCACCGCCUGGAAGGAGCGGCUUCUUUCCCCUGAUAGCCCCACAGCGCCCCCUCUUGGGUGUUCCCGCUCCCACCCACCGGGUACCCCAGGCACCCCAGUUAUUGAGUAUGAGGAUCACAGUACCCCCAUGCCCGCACCCACCCCCGCGGAUCUGCACAUGGCACCAAAGGGUCACAGGAGGAUAAAGCACUGGUUACGGAGAGCCCAAAAGAAGGUGGUUUUAACAAGCUGAUAACACCACUCACGGAACCUGUUCUUUCAAGACCCACCAGUAGAGGGCGGUAUGCAACGAUAACAAUGAGACUUUUGUCCUGCGAAAUGGGUGUCCCGUUACGCCAUCACUGAUCAGUCUGAUUUCUGAUUGUGGUUUAAUCAAAUGUUCUGUGAGACUGAAACCAGCUGUGACGACAUGGAUUCGGCUACUGCACAAAUUCUGCUGAAUGAAAUAAUUAAAGCUCAGAGCUGAUCCGUUUAUAGGUUAAACGACUCCGCUAUACUAAA